AUGCAGGUGGCCCAGCAGGCUCAGCUCCGUCAGGAGACGCAGCAGCUCCAGCAGAGCUUCCUGACAGAGAAGGAUGCUCUGCUGCAGAAGGAGAAGUUCAUUGAGGAGGAGAAGGCGAAGCUGGAGAAGCUCUUUAAGGAUGAGGUGAACAAAGCCCAGAACCUGAAGGCAGAGCAGGAGCGGCAGCAGCAGGAGAUGGAGCAGGAGAAGCAGCAGUUGAAAGCCAUGUUGGACGAAGCCAAGAAGCAUCAGAAAGAAGCCGAGGAAAACGUCCGGCACAAGCAAGAGGAGCUGCAGCAGCUGGAGAGGCAGCGGCAGCAGCAGGAGAAACUGCUGGAAGAGGAGAACAAGAAGCUGAGGGAGAGACUCGAGCAGAUGCAGGAGGAGUACAAGGCUGCCCUGGCCCAGACACGGGAGAUCAUGAUCCAGACAGACAACCUGAGCGGGGAGGCCGCGGUGACGACGACGCAGCUGGUGGACAUCAAGGCUGUGCCCAACGGGCGGGACAUGGUGGACAGCCUAGCGCAGAACGGGGAGCCAGAGUUCGCCUUCGACGGCAUCCGGCAGAAGGUGUCGGCGGAGAAGCUGGCUGACGCCGGCAUUCUGAGCAGGGAGAGCCUGGACAAGUUGGUGAAGGGUGUUGUGAGCGUGGACGAGCUCUCGCAGAGGGAGGACAUCAAGAAGUACCUGCAAGGCAAGAGCAGCAUCGCUGGGCUGCUGAUCAAACCCACCAACCAGAAGAUGAGCAUCUAUGAGGCCAUGAAGAAGCAGCUGAUCAGCCCUGGCACGGCGCUGGUGCUCCUGGAGGCUCAGGCUGCCUCCGGUUUCAUCAUCGACCCCGUGCGGAACGCGAGGCUGUCGGUGAACGAGGCGGUGCGAGAGGGCGUGAUCGGGCCAGAGCUGCACAACAAGAUGCUGUCGGCUGAGCGAGCUGUCACCGGCUACAAGGAUCCCUACACAGGUGACAAGAUCUCCCUCUUCCAGGCCAUGACGAAGGAUCUCAUCGUCAAGGACCACGGCAUCCGCCUGCUCGAGGCGCAGAUCGCCACCGGCGGCAUCAUCGACCCUGUCAACAGCCACCGCCUGCCCGUGGAAGCCGCCUACAAACGCGGCUACUUCGAUGAGGAGAUGAACCAGACCCUCUCUGACCCCAGUGACGACACCAAGGGCUUCUUCGACCCCAACACUCAGGAGAACCUCACCUACCUGCAGCUCAUGGAGCGCUGUGUGACUGACCCAGAGACAGGGCUGUGCCUCCUGCCGCUCACUGACCAGGCGGCCAAAGCCAGGGAGCUGGUCUACACUGACAAAGAAGCCAAGGACGUCUUCAAAAAGGCUACGGUGACGGCACCGUUCGGCAAGUUCCAAGGGAAGACUAUGACCAUCUGGGAGCUCAUCAACUCUGAAUACUUCACUGAGGACCAAAGGCGAGACCUGAUCCAGCAGUACAGGACUGGCAAGAUCACGGUGGAGAAGAUCAUCAAGAUCAUCAUCACAGUUGUGGAGGAAACUGAGAAGAAGAGCCAGAUGUGCUUCGAGGGCCUGCGGGCACCCGUGCCCGCCGCAGAGCUGCUGGAGAGCAAAGUCAUCAACAAGGACCUCUACAACCAGCUGCACCAGGGCAAGAAGUCCGUGAAGGACGUGACGGAGAUGGAGUCCGUGCGGCAGUACCUGAAGGGCACGGACGCCAUCGCCGGUGUCCUGGUGGAGUCGACGGGUCAGAAGUUCACCUUCUACGAGGCCCUGAAGAGAAACCUGCUGAAGCCAGAGGUUGCCCUGUCCCUGCUGGAGGCACAGGCUGCCACCGGCUACAUCAUCGACCCCGUGGCGAACAAGCUGUUCUCGGUGGACGAGGCGGUGAAGGCUGAGGUGGUGGGGCCAGAGUUCCACGAGAAGCUGCUGUCGGCGGAGAAGGCAGUGACCGGCUACAAGGAUCCCUACACAGGGCAGACGGUUUCCCUCUACCAAGCGCUGAGGAAGGGCCUCAUCCCCAGCGACACCGGGCUCCGACUAUUGGAUGUCCAGCUUGCCACUGGUGGCAUCAUCGACCCUGUCAACAGCCACCGGCUCCCACUCGAGGUGGCCUACAAGCGCGGCUACUUCGACCCAGAGAUCAACGAGGCUCUGACCGAGCUCCGAGAUGAUGCCAAGGCUUUCUACUGUCCCAACACCCAGGAGCACCUCACCUACUCCCAGCUGCAGAGGAUCUGCCACCGUGACAAGCAGACUGGACUCUGCCUGCUGCCCCUGUCUGACAAGGCCAUCCAGUCACAGCAGGAGGAGGUCUACACUGACAGCCAGGCCAAGGAGUACUUCGACAAGGCCACCAUAGAGGUCCCAGUGGGCAGCAUGAAGGGGAGGACGAUGACCAUCUGGGAGCUGAUCCACUCUGAGUACUUCACAGAGGAGCACAGGCGAGAGCUGCUCCGACAGUUCAAGACCGGCAAAGUGACCAUCGAGAAGAUCAUCAAGAUCGUGAUCACCAUCAUUGAAGAGGCAGAGACCAAAAAGCAGGAGAAGCUGACGUUCACUGGUCUGAGGGCACCGGUGCCGGCCAGUGAGCUGCUGGAGUCCCACAUCAUCAGCAAAGCCCAGUACGAGCAGCUGAAGGAAGGCAAGAAAUCGGUGAAGGACAUCGCCGAGACGGACGCAGUGAGGAGGUUCCUGCACGGCAGCGACUGCAUUGCUGGCGUCUACGUGGAGGCCACCAAGGAGAAACUGAACAUCUACGAGGCCAUGAAGAGGAACCUGCUGAGGCCCAGCACCGCCGUGAUCCUGGAGGCCCAGGCAGCCACUGGGUUCUUGAUCGACCCUGUGAAGAACCGCAAACUCUACGUGAACGAGGCGGUGAAGGCUGGCGUCGUCGGGCCUGAGCUGCACGAGAAGCUGCUGUCGGCUGAGAAGGCUGUCACAGGGUACAAGGAUCCCUACUCAGGCGACACCAUCUCCCUCUUCCAAGCCAUGAAGAAAGGGCUGAUCGUCAGGGAGCACGGCAUCCGCCUGCUCGAGGCACAGAUCGCCACCGGCGGCAUCAUCGACCCCGUGCACAGCCACCGCCUGCCCGUGGACGUGGCCUACCAACGCGGCUACUUCGAUGAGGAGAUGAACCGCAUCCUCUCCGACCCCAGCGACGACACCAAGGGCUUCUUCGACCCCAACACUCAGGAGAACCUCACCUACCUGCAGCUCAUGGCGCUGAAGGAGAGGUGCAUCGAGGAUCCCGAGACAGGCCUGUACCUGCUGCCUCUGCGGGAGCCCGAGAAGCCCAAAGUGGUGGAGAGCACCCAGGUGUACACCGAGGCAGAGACGCGGAAGGGGUUCAUCGAGGAGACGCAGGUGGACAUCCCCGUGGGCAGCCGGGCAGGCUCCUCCAUGUCGCUGUGGGAGAUCAUGCACUCGGACCUGCUGCCGGAGGAACAGCGGAAGCAGCUCAUGGAGGAGUUCCGGUCAGGCCGAGUGUCCAAGGAACGCAUGAUCAUCAUCAUCAUCGAGAUCAUUGAGAAGACCGAGAUCAUCCGGCAGCAGAAUCUCACCUCCUAUGACUAUGUGCGGCGCCGCAUCUCAGCCGAGGACCUCUACGAGGCCAAGAUCAUCUCGCAGGACAUCUACAACCUGCUGAAGCAGGGCACCAAGACCUUCCGGGAGCUCCUGGACGUGGAGACCGUGUGGACGUACCUCUACGGGUCGGGCUGCGUGGCCGGCAUCUACAUCCCCACCUCCAAGCAGAAGCUCAGCAUCUACCAGGCACUGAAGAAAGGACUGAUCACCCCCGAAGUGGCUCGUCCCCUCCUGGGGGCCCAGGCAGCCACUGGCUUCAUGAUUGACCCCACAAAGAACGAGAUGUUGACGGUGGAUGAGGCAGUGAGGAAGGGCGUGGUGGGGCCUGAGAUCCACGACCGCCUCCUGUCCGCAGAGAGAGCUGUGACUGGCUACAGAGACCCGUACAGCGAACAGAAGAUCUCCCUCUUCCAGGCCAUGAAGAAGGAUCUCAUUCCCAGCGAGGAGGCCCUCAAGCUCCUGGACGCCCAGAUCGCCACCGGUGGCGUCAUUGACCCACACCUGGGCUUCCACCUGCCCCUGGAGGUGGCCUACCAGCGCGGCUUCAUCAACAAGGAGACGUACGACAUGCUGUCGGAGCCCAGCGAGGUGCGCAGCUACGUGGACCCUUCCACGGACGAGAAGCUCAGCUACACACAACUGCUGAAGCGCUGCCGGAAGGACGAGAACUCCAGGCUGCUCCUGCUCCCGCUCUGCGACACGCGGAAACUCACCUUCCGGGGGCUGAGGAAGCAGAUCACCGUGGAGGAGCUGGUGCUCUCGCAGGUGAUGGACGAAGCCACGGCCCAGCGCCUCCAGGAGGGCCUCACCUCCGUUGAGGAGGUCUCUAAGAACCUGAAGAAGUUCCUGGAGGGCACCAGCUGCAUUGCCGGUGUCUUUGUGGACUCCACGAAGGAGAGGCUCUCCGUUUACCAGGCCAUGAAGAAGGGCAUCAUCCGGCCUGGCACUGCCUUCGAGCUCCUGGAGGCGCAGGCAGCCACGGGCUAUGUGAUCGACCCUAUCAAGGGCCUCAAGCUGACAGUGGAGGAAGCUGUGAGGAUGGGCAUUGUGGGCCCUGAGUUCAAGGACAAGCUGCUCUCUGCUGAGAGAGCUGUCACUGGCUACCGAGACCCCUAUACCGGGAAGCUCAUCUCCCUCUUCCAGGCCAUGAAGAAGGGGCUGAUCCUGAAGGACCACGGGAUCCGCUUGCUGGAGGCUCAGAUCGCCACGGGAGGCAUCAUCGACCCCGAGGAGAGCCACCGCCUGCCCGUGGAGGUUGCCUACAAGAGAGGUCUCUUCGACGAGGAGAUGAACGAGAUCCUGCUGGACCCCAGCGAUGACACCAAGGGCUUCUUCGACCCCAACACGGAGGAGAACCUCACCUACCUGCAGCUCAUGGAGCGUUGCAUCACGGACCCGGAGACGGGGCUGUGCCUCCUGCCCCUGAAGGAGAAGAAGCGUGAGAGGAAGACUUCCUCCAAGUCCUCUGUCCGCAAGCGCCGGGUGGUGAUCGUCGACCCGGAGACGGGCAAGGAGAUGUCUGUGUACGAAGCCUAUCGCAAAGGCCUCAUCGACCACCAGACCUACCUGGAGCUGUCAGAGCAGGAGUGUGAGUGGGAGGAGAUCACCACCUCCUCCUCCGAUGGCGUGGUGAAGUCAAUGAUCAUUGACAGGCGCUCGGGGCGCCAGUACGACAUUGACGAUGCCAUCAGCAAGGGCCUGAUUGACCAGUCAGCCCUGGACCAGUACCGCUCAGGCACCCUCUCCAUCACCGAGUUUGCCGACAUGCUCUCUGGCAACAUGGGUGGCUUCCGGUCCCGGUCGUCCUCAGUGGGAUCCGCCUCCUCCUACACCAUCAGCCCAGCCCUGACGCGGACCCAGCUCUCCAUGUGGACCGACCCGACCGAGGAGACGGGGCCGGUGGCAGGCAUCCUGGACACGGACACUCUGGAGAAG